AACGUAUUCCUAAAAUCAGUGGGAAAUGAUAGCUGAUUAACAGGAGUGUGAAAACACCUAACCUAAACCUAAAACGUAUUUCUUUCGUCUGAUUGGUUGACCGACAGUAACGUUGAUGCAGGAACAUCUUGUACGAGGGGCGUGACUCCGAUUUCCAACGUGCUCGUGUGUUAUGACACCGCUCUUGAAUGAGAACGAGUGAAAUCGUGAAGAUGUCUCUCUACCGAAACACGGUCUGGUUCCUGAAGGGUCUACAGGAAUAUACCAAGGGCGGUUAUGAGGCGGCGGCGAGGCGCUUUAACGAGGCGGACCUGGAGGUGAAUGUGAGCGGCCGCUCGUUCAUCAUCACCGGAGCGAACAGCGGCAUCGGUAAAGCCGCCGCGUGCGAAAUCGCCAAAAGAGGUGGGACAGUACAUCUGGUGUGCAGAAAUGAAGACCGCGCAAACGAGGCAAGAAAAGACAUUGUGGAGCAAAGUAAAAAUGAGAAUGUCCACAUUCACCUAGUUGACAUGUCCAGCCCCAGGAAAGUGUGGGAGUUUGCUAAUGGAUUCUCUCAGGAUCACGAUCUACAUGUUCUGAUCAAUAAUGCAGGUUGCAUGGUCAAUCAGAGAGAGCUGACUGAGGAUGGCCUGGAGAAAAACUUUGCAACAAACACACUGGGGACGUGUAUACUGACAACAGCGCUGAUACCUACACUGAAGAAGUCCGAGAAUCCCAGAGUGAUCACAGUGUCAUCCGGUGGGAUGCUGGUUCAGAAGUUAAAUGUAGAGGACCUUCAGUUUGAGAAAGGUUCUUUUGAUGGCACCAUGGCCUAUGCACAGAACAAGAGGCAACAGGUGAUCAUGACAGAGCAAUGGGCAGCACAGCACAAAGAAAUCCACUUCUCAUCCAUGCACCCCGGCUGGGCAGACACCCCAGCGGUGCAGUCAUCCAUGCCAGAUUUUCAUGCAAAAAUGAAGAAUAAACUCCGUACUGAAGCUCAAGGUGCUGACACAGUGGUGUGGCUGGCCGUAUCAGAUGCUGCCAGCAGACAGCCCAGCGGCCUCUUCUUCCAAGACAGAAAAGCGGUUUCUACGCAUCUGCCUCUGGCCUCCUCCAGGUCUUCUCCAGCCGAAGACCAGAAGCUGAUGAGCAAGCUGGAGGAGCUCACUCUGAAAUUCAAGUGUUAAUUGGUUGUGUCAGCAGCCAAAUCCAAAGAAGACAUCACUCCAUUAACAGACUGUGAUAUUUAUUCUCAAUAGCGGUGAGAAUUUCAGAGGCGUAAAAAGCUUUUGGAUACUAUAACAAAACGACUAACCAGAGCAACCUGAAAUGUUUAAAAUAUUUGUUUUUUGAACAAAUACAACUCCUAAGCUUUUUUUUUUAAUCAUCCUAGAUUAAGGCAAGAAACUACUUUUUGCAAUGGCAUUUUUUUUAAUGCGUUUCUCGAUUCUUACAUCUGACAUGAAUUAGAUGAAUGUUGAAGCUGAGUUUGCUUUCUUGAUGAAUCAGACAACUGUUGCAGUAUGUAAAUAGCAGAUUAUUUUAUUCAUAAAUCUAAAACUGCUAUUUCAAAAAACAACAAACUGACAUCAAGAAUCGGGUGUCUGAGAACAAGCCAAGUAACACUACCUAUAGCUCAUACUGACAUUAAAGAAAUAAAUGUGACAGAAAUACAUAAGGAAUAUGAAGAAAUAUUCUGUCUCUUAUUUACACUUACAAACAAGUUUGUGGUGAAAUUUUGUGGGCCAAUUUUUAAUUAUGACUGAUUUUAUUUUUGUCAAUUUGUUACAGCUGACAUGAUUUUUAAUUAAAGAUAAUAACAAGCUA